AUGUUGCUGGUGGUGUUAGUGAUGAUGCUCGAGCUUCCAGGAGCUCUGCACAAGUGCAUCUUUGAUGAUGUUCAGGCUCAGGUCAAAGUGGUCAGAGCAGCACCCAUCCAGUCACAUGACCAGCCCAAACUCAAAGCCCUGAACGGGAUCAAGCAUCUGCAAACCUCUAGACCGCCAGCCAGGCAUGCUGGAGUAGCAGUGAAGCUGAGGAGCGUUCUGGGUGAGUCAGCCUCACCUACUUCAGCAGCUCCACAGUCAAUCAGGAUAAAGACCUGGACUACCACAGAGAGUGAUAACCUAUCAAAAGCUGAGAGAGGAAGGCUGGAUGCAGCAGUACACGAGGCUUUGAGGGUGAUAUCCUCUGUACUGUCAGUGAACAGAACUGUGGGCCCAUUGCUGCUCAGGAGAGACAUUAACAAAUACUGCAAGUUUCUCUGGAAAAAUUCAAGUACCAUCAACUACAACAGGUGUGGCAGAGCCAACAGCAACUACAGAUCUGAGACUUGUCUGGAUGUAACAAUCCCAGAUGACCACCUGGCUGGAUGCCAUAUUUACCCAGAGGCUGGUUACUCUCGCAGGAUUGUCCUCAGAACUGAAGGUGCCGGACUUUCUGACACAGACUUCCUGCUUUAUCUCCACAUGCAGACCACUGACAAGUGCAGAGCAGAGCUGAACGUGUUGGCAUACGCUGCCCACUGCCAGACGGACACACACGGGCGACCUGUAGCAGGGGUGGUGGUCUUCUGCAGAGACAGGCUGAAAGGAACUACAUACAGUCACCAGACUACUGUGCAGACUGUGAUUCAUGAGUUGUUUCAUGCGCUUGGCUUCUCUAAAGAGCUCUUCAGCACCUGGCGAGACUGUUUCUCCUCUCCUGAAGAUGGUAGAUGUUCUCCUCGUGGCAAAGUGAUUCACUCUGAUGGAUCAGGCCAGGUGAGGAUUUAUACUCCAUCCAUCAUCUCAGCCCUGCAGAAGCACCUAGUGUCCACUGAUUCUGAACUAGGAGGGCCACUGGAGAACCUGGAUGCAUCCACAGACAGACUGUCCUCUCACUGGGAGUCCCGGGUCCUGCAGGGGUCGAUAAUGGCGGCAGUGCUGGAAGAUCCCACUACAGUCCGGAUUGACCCAGUCACCUUAGCUGCAUUGCAGGACACAGGAUGGUACACUGUCAAUUUAAGUUGGGCACAAAGUCUGGUCUGGGGAGAUGGUGAAGGAGCCACGUUUGGCUCUUUGUCAACCUGCCAGGACAACUCAUCCUUUUUCUGCAGUGGCAGUAGACUGGGGUGUCAUUUCCUUCACCUCCACAAGGGGGAGUGUCAGACUGAUCAAUACCUGGAAGGUUGCAGAAUCUAUAAACUCUUAAAGAAUGGAAGUGAAUGUUGGAAAAAAGAAAAUUCCAGGUGGCCAGCUGGAGAAAACUGGAGCGGAGAGAUUCAUGGUUUUGACAGUCGCUGUUUCUUCUCCAGUCUUAUCAGACAAGAGGACUUUGUUCAGAUCAGCAGCUCUGUAGAGGGACGCUGUUACAGACACAGGUGUACUGGACUGAAUAGGUACCAAAUCCAAGUGUUUGGCUCUGGGUGGGUUGACUGUCCAGCAGGGGACACUAUUCAGAUAGAAGGAUACCAGGGUUCCGUUUUCUGCCCAGACAGAAGGUUAUGUCUGUACCCUGAUGUUACUCCUCCAUCAGAAAAUGGCUCGUCUCUGCACAGGCCACCUGCAGACUCCGCUGUAGCUGCAGCUCUCUGCUUCACUGCUGCUGUGUGUUUCCUGAUCGCACUGCUGGUGUCUUACAGAAAAUGUCAGACCAGUUUGGUCAGGAUCCACAACGUGUCCGCAGAGAAUCAUAACGAGCUGUAGGAAGCCUGACUUUAUGAAUAAUGAAAUGUAACUAAACUUUCAGUGUUGACAGACUUCAAUAAACUGAUUUUGAGAACAAUGAAUGAGCCAUUUGUGUCCCACUGGAAAAUACUGCCACACGAGCUUCAGAAAGAACA